AUGAAGAUUACCGCCCUUUUCACCGCAUUUCUCGUCCAAUCCGCGGCCGGUAUCUCCGUCCAACGAGCUGCCAUACACCAGCUGUUUGCCGCAGAGAGCCCCUUAACCCACAGCCGCACGGAACGCGCCGUCAACAGCCCGAUCUGCAGCGCUAACAUGCAAAAAAUCACCAAAUUAGCCCGCGUGGCUGGAGAACUAUUCAUGGAUGUUGAUGAGUCAAGCCUGUACCGACGUAGCCGAAAUCACGUUAAACUCGUGAACUUGGAGCAACCUGUCGGUUCAUUUUGCAAAAAGCUGUGGCUCAAGUUGCUGAAAGUAGAGGGAGACUUGAAAACGAUCGCCGGAUUUCUCGAAGAAUAUCAUCUUGCCUCCCAGACUGUCGAGCUUCUUAUGCGAUCCGUUCAAGAAAUGAUGAACCAAGAAGGAACCAACUAUGAAAUCUCCUCCUCAGACAAAGCCGCUGCCUCUCACAAGGGUCGCUUGAACAUCGACAUGGUCAAGGAGCGCGCUCAAAUCCAACUCGCUCAUGUGAUCAACGAGCUCAGUUCCCUCGAAGUCAGCUGCUCCGUCCAAAAACUUUAA